AUGGGAAAGAGCAACGAAGAUUCUAACAAUAGUAAGACAUUCAGCGACCUUACACCACUCGCGGAGAUAUUUAGAUCGAAGAUUAUUGAAGACUUCCAUCUUCUCGAGAGCUUUGAUGACCAUGGUCACUCAGAGGCACCAAAAUUCUACUCAAAGGAUUUUGCUGAUGAGGAAACACUGAAUAAGAUGAUGUUGACUAAUCCACAUGGACUGGUCAAGUUCCAGGCCUAUACUCGCAAGGACAAGGCGGAGAAUGUUAGUAGGAUUGACAGAAGAAAGAACCGUGUCCGAAACAAAAACUCAAAGAAUCCUCCUCUGGACAUGUGGGCUAAUUACGUGCUUGAAACAUCAUUUUUUCAGAACUUCAUGUUGAUACUUAUCCUGUCAAAUUCUCUUUCUCUUGGAUUACAAUCAGAGGUAACGGAUAGAACUGAUCCCGGUCUCGUUGGGAUCCGUCGAUUUCUUGAGAUCUUUGAUUACUGUGCACUCUUUCUCUUCAUGGUUGAAAUCCUUCUCAAAUGGUUGGAUAACUUUCCAUUAUUCUGGAAGAACGGGUGGAAUAUAUUCGAUUUCGUUGUCACAGUUGCUUCUUUCAUACCAGAGAUCAUCGCCUCAGCAGCGGGGGACCUCAAGGAUCUGAAGGUCAUAGUCAGUAAUAUAAGAGUUUUCCGAAUCUUCAGGGCUCUCAAGAUGGUAUCCAGAUUCAGACAAGCUCGUCUCAUCGCCCUGGCAAUCACCAAAGCAUUCAAUGCGAUGUCGUUCAUCCUCGUCCUCUUCCUCCUCUUCCUCUACAUCUUCGCCAUCACUGGUAUCAUUUUCUUCGAUAGUUACUCGAGAUCAGUGAGAGAUGACCUCAUCUAUCAAUAUAGCUUCGAUAAUUUAGGUAACGCGAUGAUCACCCUCUUCCAAUUGUUUACCUUGGAUCAAUGGUAUAAGAUCUUGAAGGAUAUGUGGAAAGUGAUGGGGAGUGUUGCUCCUACAUUCUAUAUCAUGCUGUGGAUCUGCAUCGGCUCAUUCAUCUUCAGAAACAUCUUUGUCGGGAUAAUGGUGAACAACUUUCAGAACAUUCGUAAUGAGUUGUUCGUUGAAGUGAAAGAACACGAGGUAAUGGUUCAAAUGCAGCUAGAUGCUGAGAAGUUCAACGAGGAGCUUGAAAGACAAGACCAAGAACUCAACGCAGGAAGGCGUGCUUCUAGUUCGAGAGGACUCGAGGUCGAGUCAGUAAUGGAAACCAUUCAAGAGGAGCCAUCAAGUGACGACGAGGAAGCAUCGACCGAGAAGAGAAGCAAGGAAGGGGAAGAGAAGGCCAAAGAAGCUGAAGAGACUGAGAAAGGACAAGAAAGCAAAGCCGGGCCGCCUCGGAAAUCUGGACUUCUUGAAAAACAAAGAGAUCGUAAAAGCCACAAGAGUGUAGCAAGCUCCGAUGCCCUCUUCCGCCGUAGUAGUAGUAGUAGUAGUAGUAGUAGUAGUAGUAGUAGUAGUAGUAGUAGAAGCAGCAGCACAUGCGGCGAUUUAGACUGGGAGAAGAUGGUUCAUGAUAAUCUUGAACUGCUAAUGAACUCCCCGACCGAGACCAUCUGGCCUCGUGAUACUCUAUUCAAGUAUUUUCAGCUCAUGGAAGCUUUACAGGAAAACCUACAAGAGCGUCAGGAUCUACAGAACUUGACAUGUGAGUAUCCGAUCACUUGA